AUGGCAGCAGUAUCGUCGAGCCCUUUUCGCCUUCUAAACGCUACAUCGAGGGUUGUCCCUCAAGUUGGAGCCGCCGUUCCAAUCGGCGCUCGCAGUUAUGCCACCACAGAUCCCUCCCCAUCCGCCACCAGUUCCCCGACGACGCUGCGCAGAAAAACGACAUUCAAGGAUAAACUGAACGCCGGCCCAUCGUUUGCAGAUUUCGUCUCUGGCGGCAAUGACUCGACUCCGCUUGAUCCCUCUGAAGCAUACGAACUCAAAACGGCACUGGUCGGUCCCGCCGGGAAGAAGAAGGAAAUGACGCGGUUACCGUCGUGGUUGAAGACGCCGAUUCCCGAUUCGAAGAACUAUCAGCGCUUAAAGAAGGAUCUUCGGGGUCUGAAUUUGCACACCGUUUGCGAGGAGGCGAGGUGUCCGAACAUCUCGGACUGCUGGGGUGGUAAUGAUAAGUCGGCUGCGACGGCGACAAUUAUGCUCAUGGGUGAUACUUGUACCCGUGGUUGUCGGUUCUGCAGUGUGAAGACAUCACGCGCGCCGCCGCCGCUUGACCCGCACGAGCCGGAGAAUACAGCAGAGGCAAUUUCGAGAUGGGGUCUUGGAUAUGUGGUUUUGACUAGUGUCGAUCGAGAUGAUCUCGUGGACGGCGGUGCCCGGCACUUUGCCGAGACGGUCAUCAAGAUUAAGCAGAAGGCACCCAAUAUGCUGGUCGAGUGUUUGACGGGCGACUAUGCCGGAGACACCGAGAUGGUCUCCCUCGUUGCCCGUUCCGGUUUGGACGUGUAUGCGCAUAAUGUCGAGACCGUCGAGGCCCUGACACCGCAAGUCCGUGACCGCCGCGCCAAGUUCCAGCAAUCCAUCCGCGUUCUCGAUGCCGCGAAGAAGGCGAGACCGGACCUCAUCACCAAGACAUCGCUCAUGCUUGGUCUUGGAGAAACAGAAGAACAGCUCUGGGACACACUCCGCCAGCUUCGCGCUGUAAACGUUGACGUCGUCACUUUUGGUCAGUACAUGCGGCCAACAAAGCGUCACAUGGCUGUCCAUGAAUAUGUCACUCCUGACCAGUUUGAACUCUGGCGCCAGCGCGCCCUUGACAUGGGAUUCCUCUACUGUGCAUCAGGACCCCUGGUUCGCAGCAGUUACAAGGCUGGUGAGGCAUUCAUCGAGAACGUGCUGAAAAAGAGACGCGCCGGUGCCGGAAGCGCAGAGACUGUUAGUGAUAAGACGAUUGCCGUGGGUGAGGCUACUCGUUAA